AUGCCGCAAAAAGACGUAGAAUUCCAAACCAUCGACGGCGUCACCCUGCGGGGCUGGCUCUUCACCCCCAACGCCACGACCCGCGGCGCGCCCUGCCUCGUCAUGGCGCACGGCUGGACGGCGCUGAAGGAAAUGGAUCUCGACGCGUUCGCAGCCUACUUUGUGCAGGCCCUGCCUAUCACUUGCCUGGUGUACGACAACCGCGGCUUUGGCACGAGCGAUACCCUCGCCGGCGCGCCGCGCCACGAAAUCGUGCCGAGUCAGCAGCAGAGCGAUUACUCUGAUGCCAUCACUUAUGCCCAAUCCUUGCCUGAGGUCGAUCCCGAGAAGAUUGCCAUCUGGGGCAGCUCGUAUAGUGGUGGCCAUGUUCUGUAUGUUGGCGCGGUGGACCGGCGUGUUAAAGCGGUUUUGUGCCAGGUGCCGUUGACCGAUGGCUGGUCGAAUUUCCACCGGCUCAUCCGUCCUGAUUUCGUCGCAAGCAUGAACCAGGCUUUUCAGGCUGGUAUGUUCCUCCCUCUCUAG